AUGGAGACAUGGAAUCACACUUCCAAUGAUUUCAUUUUGUUGGGGCUAUUUCCCCCAAAUCAAACUGGCUUGCUUCUCUUACUCCUUAUCAUCUUUAUAUUCCUUCUCGCCUCCAUGGGCAACUCCACCAUGAUUCACGUCAUCCGCAUGGAUUCCCGACUCCACACUCCAAUGUACAUUCUCCUCAGCCAGCUCUCCCUCAUGGACCUGAUCUACAUCUCCACCACUGUCCCCAAAAUGGUGUUCAAUUUCUUCUCUGGUCAGAAGGGCAUAUCCUACCUGGGAUGUGGGGUUCAGAGCUUCUUCUUCGUGACCAUUGCAGGAUCUGAAGGGUUACUCCUGGCUUCUAUGGCCUAUGACCGAUAUGUGGCCAUCUGCCACCCCUUGCAUUACCCCAUCCGCAUGAGUAAAAGGAUGUGUGUGAAGAUGAUCAUAGGAUCUUGGAUCUUAGGUGCCAUUGACUCUGUAGCACACACAGCCUAUGCCCUCAAUAUUUCUUACUGCAGAUCCAGGGCCAUUGAUCACUUCUUCUGUGAUAUCCCAGCCAUGGUUACUCUGGCUUGCAUGGAUACCUGGGUCUAUGAGUACAUGGUUUUUGUUAGCACAAGUCUCUUUCUCCUUGUUCCUUUUCUUGGAAUCACAGUUUCCUAUGGCCGGGUGCUUUAUGCUGUCUACCAUAUGCGCUCCAAAGAGGGAAGAAAGAAGGCCUUCACCACCUGUUCCACACAUUUAACUGUGGUGACAUUCUACUAUGCACCAUUUGUCUAUACUUAUCUCAGGCCCAGGACUUUCCGCACCCCACAAGAAGAUAAGAAUCUUGCAGUUUUCUACACCAUUCUGACCCCCAUGCUCAAUCCCAUCAUCUACAGCUUGAGAAAUAAGGAAGUCCUGGGAGCCAUGACAAGAGUGUUUCCAAUACUCUCCUCCAAGAAGGAAUGA